GUGUUGCACACAUUUAAUGUUUGUACUCUCAUUGUGUCGUUUUUGAACGCGAGGAAUUUAGGCGUUUCACAUCUGUUUUCAGUUUCUUGGCGUUACGUUUUAGGAAGGCGUACAGUUUGCCAGUAURGUUAUUUGGUUGGUUACCAUGACGAUCACCAUGACAAUGAUCGACAGAGUUCACUUGGUUGACGUUAAACGAUUUUGCCGCUUUAUUCCAACAUGGGUUUAGCAAUAUCAAAGCUCUGCUUUCAUGGUAGAAUUGAAGAAGAUUGUUGUUUCUCGGACAAGAAAUACAAGCGUUUUUAUUCAAAAAAUGGUCAUCAACCCUACCAGGUUGUCAUGCAACUGACGGGCGAUGGUUUUGCGGGCGGCACUUCCCCUUUCCAUGUCAAUGAACACGUUUCUGUGCGAUAUCAUUAUCAGUACCAAUGCAUCUUCGCCCCUAACGAUGACUCUACAAUCAUCUAUGGCGUGACAAUUGAACAGUCCCAUAAUCAAUGCAGUGAUGAUACUAGAAAUGAUUCGUCUUCCACCAAGAACGAAAGGUUUAAGCUUUUCAAGCGUUGUUGGGACUUAUCAUCUCAGAAUACUACAACUGUCGCUCGCCAUUCGACUAUUACCUCUGGUCCUUGGAGCGUUGCCUCGAAUGGAAAAUACAUUUGUUCUCAAGCAAUGAAGCUAUGGCGGGAAGAAGACGUUUUUAUUUCAAGAGGAGAUGAUGUUGAAAGCGACGCAGUUUGUUGUGGAUUUGAAGGGAUUGUCAACGAAUUUCGUAAACUGUAUCCUCAAACUUGCCCAUUUUCUCCUGAUGGUACAAAGGUUGCUUGUACUUUCGAGUCGAACAACAAUGGUCUUCAACUUGCAAUUCUUCAUCCAAGCUCAAUGGAUAUUAUACACAUCAUCAAAGCAUCAAAAGAAUGUAAAGGAAUUAAAGGUACAGUUGCAAGUAUGACUUUCUCGCCGGACAGUGCUUACUUAGCAGUAGUCUCAUCUAAAGGUCAGGUGUACAUACUACGUUCAUCGGGACUGAAACUGCGCCAUGCUCUUAAUAGUGAACAAGUCAUCUAUCCAUUAGAAACUUUAGAUCCAUCAAUCAAUGAGCCAAGUUCCUUAGAGUUUGAUCCGAGGUACGAUAACAAGGUUUUUGCAACAUGUACAUUUUACAGAAGCUUGGUCAAGAUUUGGGCUGUAGUAAAAAACGAGCAACGUACAUGUAUUGCUACACUCUACAGUAUCCAUUUCCCUAGAGUCGUCAACGUGAUUAAGUAUUCAACCGAAGGAGACGUUCUUGCAGUCGGUUGUAACGAGGGAGUCAUUACCUGCAUCAACACCAACGAUGGUACAGCAGUGUUUGAUCUAAAUACAACCAAUCAGUCACCUGAGUUUCGUAGCAACGCGGGAAUCUAUCACCUUUCAUUUUCACGUACAAGUGAACAACUUGCGGCGAGUUACAGUGAUGGGCACAUUCGUGUGUGGCAGAUUCCGUCAGACAUCAACCUACAACACAGUUGUCGAGUUGUGAUUAAUGCGUCAGUUCCUGAAUCCAAGGUUAUGCAGUUACCUUUACCAAAUAAACUAAAACGAUACUUAUUGUACAAAUGCUUCUGAUUGCCAUGACUUGAAUUGUUGUAUUGGAUAGGUAGAUAGAUUUGAUUUGUCUUCUGAUUGCCAUGACUUGAAUUGUUGCAUUGGAUAGGUAGAUAAAUUUGAUUUGUCUAGGAUUGGUAAUCAGUGGGAAAUUCUAAGGAAAACGUUCUCUUGUACAUCA